UCGGGACUACAUCUCCCAGAGGGCACUGCGCGCGAAACGGGCGGCAGUUUGAUCGCAGGCCGAGCUAGGAACUACAAAUCCCAUGUGACAUUGUGCUUAAAGGAGCCGCAUCUGCACUCAGCAACCAGCGCUAAGGGUGGUAGCGGCUUGGCAGCCAGCGGUGUCGUCAUUUCUCACCAGGGGGGCCGUCGAGGCGGUUGGGUCGGGCGCCCAAUAGGAGCAGGGAUAACGGCACGCGGCGCCACCCGGGCUCCGGGCUGGCCUCGUCUGCGGCGCCGCCUCCCGCUGCAGGUGAGCCGGGCGGAUGGAGGCAACGGCAGCCGGAGCCUAGAGCGGCCACCUCGCCCCAACCCGGACGCGAGAGCCCGCGGCACCCGGACUGGCCGCCGCCCUGAGCACAACAUGUAUAUUCGAAAUGCAAAAAGCAUGUUAUAGAAGGCUUUGGACUGUUCCUGGUUGUAUACAGCAAUACAAUGAAGGCAACUGAAUUAAAUUCUCUAUGGAUAUUGAUUUCACUGCUUUGCUGCCAGUUAUUGAACACUGCGGAGCAUGAAGAUGUAGUAAAGCAUGCAAUAAAGCUGCAUCGUGGGAAAGGUGCUGCUGUCACACAGAGAAAACAAUGGGUCUUAGAAAACUGCAGAAAGCUAUCUGGGCUCCUUCGUCAAAAGAAUGUGGUUCUCAACAAACUAAAAAAUGCAAUAAGAUCAGUGGAGAAGGACUUGGGGCUGUCAGAUGAAGAGAAACUUUUUCAGGUGCACACAUUUGAAAUUUUCCAGAAGGAGCUGAAUGAAAGUGAAAAUUCAGUCUUUCAAGCAAUCCAUGGACUCCAAAGAGCCCUUCAAGGUGACUACAAAGAUGUUGUAAACAUGAAAGAAAGUAGUAGACAGCGAUUGGAGGCCUUGAGAGAAGCUGCAAUAAAGGAGGAAACAGAAUAUGUUGAACUUUUAGCAGCAGAAAAACAUCAGGUUGAAGCCCUUAAGAACAUGCAGCAUCAAAAUAAAAGCCUGUCCAUGCUAGAUGAAAUUCUUGAAGAUGUUAGGAAAGCGGCCGAUAGGCUGGAAGAGGAAAUAGAAGAACAUGCCUUUGAUGACAACAAAUCAGUGAGAGGUGUCAACUUUGAAGCAGUUUUAAGGGUGGAAGAAGAUGAAGCAGACUCCAAGAGAAAUAUUUCAAAAAGAGAAGUGGAAGAUGACUUAGGUCUUAGCAUGCUUAUUGAUUCCCAAAACAAUCAGUAUAUACUUACCAAGCCCAGGGAUUCAACCAUCCCUCGUGCUGAUCGCCAUUUCAUAAAGGAUAUUGUGACCAUAGGAAUGUUAUCUUUGCCGUGUGGCUGGUUGUGCACAAUGAUAGGAUUGCCAACCAUGUUUGGGUACAUCAUCUGUGGAGUACUCUUGGGACCAUCAGGGUUAAACAGCAUUAAGUCUAUUGUACAAGUGGAGACAUUAGGAGAGUUUGGUGUGUUCUUCACCUUGUUUCUAGUUGGUCUGGAGUUUUCCCCUGAAAGGCUGAGAAAGGUGUGGAAGAUAUCUUUGCAAGGACCCUGUUACAUGACACUUCUGAUGAUUGCUUUUGGCUUACUAUGGGGACAUUUACUACAGAUUAGACCAACACAGAGUGUCUUCAUUUCUACUUGUUUAUCCUUAUCCAGCACACCCUUAGUAUCCAGAUUCCUUGUAGGGAGUGCUCGAGGAGAUAAAGAAGGUGAUAUUGAUUACAGUAGUGUACUACUUGGUAUGCUGGUAAUGCAGGAUGUACAACUUGGUUUGUUUAUAGCUGUUAUGCCGACCCUUAUUCAAGCAGGAGCCAGCACAUACUCCAGCACUGUCAUGGAAAUACUGAGAAUACUGAUACUGAUUGGCCAAAUUCUCUUUUCUCUGGCUGCUGUUUUUCUUAUAUGUCUUGUUAUAAAGACUUAUCUCAUAGGACCAUAUUAUCGCAAGUUGCAUGUGGAGAGUAAAGGGAAUAAAGAAAUCCUCGUUUUAGGAAUAUCUGCUUUCAUCUUUCUUAUGUUAACGAUCACAGAGCUAUUGGAUGUUUCAAUGGAAUUGGGAUGCUUCUUAGCUGGAGCACUGAUCUCUUCUCAGGGUCACAUGGUUACUGAAGAGAUUAUGUCCUGUAUUGAACCAAUACGUGACUUUCUUGCCAUCAUUUUCUUUGCAUCUAUAGGGCUUCAUGUUUUCCCCACCUUUGUAAUAUAUGAACUCACAGUCUUACUAUUUCUUACAUUAUCAGUGGUAAUAAUGAAGAGAGCAUGCUGUUUUAUCUACCAUACUUCUAAAAACAAACUUUGUUUUUUAAAGUUUGUUUUGGCAGUGCUUGUCCUUUCUCUGAUUCUUCCAAAGAGCAGCCAGUAUAUCAAAUGGAUUGUCUCAGCAGGGCUGGCUCAAGUCAGUGAGUUUUCUUUUGUUCUGGGAAGUAGAGCACGCAGAGCAGGGAUCAUUUCUCGAGAGGUAUACCUCCUUAUUUUGAGUGUAACUACUCUAAGCCUUUUGCUUGCCCCAGCACUGUGGAGAGCUGCAAUUAUGAAAUGUGUACCAAGACCAGAGAGACGAUCAAGUACCUGACAAGACUUGUAUGGAAAUAAUAAAUUUCUUUGGAAAGAAUCUCCUCAUUGCUCAUUGUGUUUCUAUGCAGCUAGAAAACAGGAGGUUUUGAUAUUCCUCUAAACAUGCACUUGGUUCUGAGCCUUAUACUGAUUUUAAGAAACAAAACAGUACAUAAAAAAGGUUGGUAUUUUAAUGAUUGCACAGCUUUUACAGAAAACUUUGUCACAUAUUAGAAUCUGCCAGAAUAACUUUUGAUUUUGAUCCAAUCAGUUACACAGUGUAGAAAUUAUUUUUUUAAAUAUUGCAUCAUGCAGUCGCCUUGAAUAUUUUGCCUGGAUGUGCCUUUUUAUUACAUUGAUUUUCAUCAUCUACUGUUCAUUCAUCACAAAAUUUUGUUUUUAAAAAAAAAAAAAAGAGGGGGAAGGACAAAGAAAAUUCAAGUUAUUUUAUCGUGCCCAUGGUACCUUCUUAAAAUAACUCUUGAGAAAGUUAAAUGUAACAUUCAAGAGUUAAUAUGCUGGUCCGACAUCAGCCACAAAACAUAUAUAUCCAGUAGUGUGUAAACUCUGGCCCUUUAAGGGAGAGAUGAGGUUUAACAACUCUAGCUUUCAGCUAUUUUAAGCAUUAAAAUAUAUAUCCCCAAAUGAUGCAGCCAAUAUUAUAUGAUAUUGUACUUUUGAUUUUUGUUAUACCUCUUAAAGCAGAUAUUAUGUAUUUGCUUAGGGUUGUAACUUUAAUUCAUUUUAAUUUGUUCUCAUAUUUAUUGACUACAUUUGUGACUAAAAGUUAACUGUAAUCAGAUGGUGUCCUGACUUUUAAACUGUUUUUAAGACUGACACCAAUUAUCAACAUCUCCCGCUACUGAUUAUUGUUAUACUAAUUGUUUACAUUUUUUAAUUAAUUGUGACCAAAAUAAAAUGGUACAAAAAGAGAGCCUAAAUAUUUCAGAAUUGAAAAUAGAUGUGAAAACAUUUCAGUGACUCUCUAAAAGUGCUUUUGGAUGAAUGUAGUUAACUUAUUCUACAUUAAAAAUGAUUUUGUAUAAAUUAUGUUUCACAAAAGAGGGACAAUUUGGAUGUGUUGAGAACAUGCAUAACUCAAAACUUCAAAUUUAUACUGAAUAAAAUGCAAGCUUUUUAAAGUGAUAUUAAAAACAUUUUAUAUUAAUAUUUGUGAUAUACGUAUGUGCUUCUGUUUUAACAAAUUCUUAAAAUUUAGUCUGUGUAGUAGAGUAAACCUUGUGAAAGCUGCUCUUUAAAUGUCACAGUAUGAGCUAACAGAAUGUAGUUUACUCUGACAAACUAUGAAGAUUUAGCUUGUGAUUUUUGUUUAAAAAAAAUGUUUUUGUUAAAAUAGAAAGAUAUAUAAUUUGUCAACAUUUUAGAUCCAGUAUUACACGGCCAUAUGAAAUACCAUUUUUGAGAGUCAAAAAUAGAAAAAUGCACAUUAAAUAUGCAUUGUAGAAUUUCUUAAUUUGCUAAUGAAAUCUAAAAAAAUCUACCAACUGAAGCACUGUUCAAUUAAUAAACAUACCAUCUUUAACAGAAAAUAA